AUGGCGUUCGGUGCUGCUCUCGCGCGACGCAGCGUCCAGGUCGCCCAUGCUACCUUCUCCACCGCCCAGAAUGGCGAGCACCCAAAGAUGCCUAAGAUUCCAGCAUGGUCUUCUGGCCUCGUCUUAUUAACCGUCUUGGGCUUUUGCGCCCUCUUCUUCGCCGUUCAAUAUUCCUGCGGCUUCGUUGUUGGCACCUUGACGAUGAUCGAAUCAAACCGGACCGAUGCCUACGUAGCGGUUGAUACACUUCCCUCCAACGACGAAGAUGACACCAUGCCAAAACCCCCUACCUCCGAUGCUCUUCUCGAACCCGAAGUCUUACUCGUAAAGAACACCCCCAUCACCUCCUCGAUCCGCCGCACAAUCAACCAUCUGCGUGCACGCUACGGCUACUUCUCUCGCUUCCGGGGUCUUUCACUCUUCCUCUGUCUAACUAUCGCGCGCCUCUUCAUCAUUCAAUUCGUCUGCUUCCCCAAAUUCAUGACCAACUGGAUCGGCUUCUGCUUCGCUUCCGUAGUUGCAGAUUUAAUUUUGGCGCGCUGGGAAAUGACCUGGAUUCACGUGGUCAUUUCCGAACCAACACAGAAAAAUUGGUGGAAACGUGCUCCUGCCAUCAAGAACUGGACGAAGAUCGCACCAGCUGUGGCUCUCUGGAGCAUGGCAAGCCAGAUUGCCAAAGUCAUGCCGAUUAUCGUGGGCAUGAGCUUUGGCGCUUUCAAGAGGAUGGGUAAUCCCGACUAUCAACCCAGCCGUCGUGAGCUCGAUGCUGCGGCCGCACAGUCACUUCUCGUCUUCGUCCUGGCAGUCGCUUUCACCAUCCUCAUUCAACUGCCGGCCACCGUCAUUGUCGUCCGAGUCGCCGCAUCAAUGCUCCCAGAAGAGAACGAGACAGUCGUGCCUUUCGAUCGCUCUUUUGGUGGGAAAGUCACACCUGCCAUUAUUGGCGGCCAGGGCAAGAUCGGCAUGGUCGAGGCAUGGAAAUCAUUUGAUUGGUCGUCAAGGAUUCGACUCGUGAAGCUCAUGGCUAAGAUCUUCGCCAUCAUGACUGCUCUGUGGAUUCUGGUCGUUGUUGUCAUGAUUGGCGAGGCUCAUCUUAUCAUCGGAUCAGAGAAUAUCAAGGUUAUCAUGGGUGCUCUUGGUGCGGUGUUGAACAAGCAGCAGUAG